AUGCUCAGAUAACAAUGUGUAUUAGAAGAAUAGCCUCAAUUCUAUUUCAAUUACACUAUCUAUUUCUCUCAAUAAUGCAUGCAAUUACCAAGCGAAAUGAAGUCAUGUUCUGAAAACUACUUUACAAACAAUAAUAUUUCUACUCAAUCUAUUGACAAUUGCAUUCAAAAUAGUUUUGAAGGACCAUCAGAACAAAUUCAAUCUCUGAAAACUAAUAGAAUCUUAGAUCAAUACAAAUAAUUACAAUACAAUAAAACAAAAUUUGCAUUAAAUUUAGACGAUUAAGAUUUGACCAAUACUCCAUUUAAGUAAAUUAUGAACUAACUUUGCAAAAAGUUUGAAUAUGCAUCUAUUCCAGCCUGUGGAGUCAUUAAGGCAGAUUCAAUUCAAAAAACCAAUCUAUUGGAAUAAAUAUUUUUGAUUCUUUUUGCGAUCAUUAUUAUUUUGAUUAUUGUUCAAGGGUCUUUACAAUUGCUUUAGAAUAUACAAUUCAAAACAUUCUUUACUCCUAAAAGUAGAAUUACAAUCCCCAAAUUAGAGAAAGAUCAUAUCAUUUAGGAAGAUGAUGUUUGA